AUGUAUGCUAUUAUAGACGAUCAGAGUAACAGAACUCUCGCAAAUUCAACGUUUUUCGAUAAACUUGCCUGUCAAUCAGAAGUCGUACAGUAUAAUCUAAAAUCCUGUGGUGGUGCUAGAACCAGCCAUGGUCGUGUGGCAAGAGACUGUGUUAUUGAAUCAUGGGACGGUGCGUACAAGUUUGAUUUUCCUAGCGUGCUCGAAUGCGAUGAAGUCCCUAAUGUCCGCGAAGAAAUACCAAGGCCAGAGGUUGCAAAAUACCAUCCACAUCUGCGAGACAUUGCUAACCUGAUACAUCCCAUUGAUCACAGAGCAGAGAUCAUGCUGCUCAUUGGCAGAGAUUUAAUAGACGCCCAUCACGUCUUGGAGCAGCGAAUUGGCCCCGUUCACACUCCAUAUGCUCAAAGAUUGAAACUUGGAUAUGUUGUCGUUGGGGAAUGUUGUCUAGGCCAAAUCCACAAGUCAACAAGUGUAAACGUGAACAAGACAUUUGUGGCAAAUGGGCGCACAACAAUACUAACCCCUUGCGAAAACCGCUUCGAUGUUAAAGAGCAAUCAAUCUGCGAGAUUUGUGAUGACCCCAUUUUUGUUCGCACAUCUGCUGACGAGAAGCCUGCAAUGUCACAGAAUGACAAGUACUUCAUGAAAAUGAUGGAUGAACAGUUCAAGAAAUCCCAUGGUGGUAAAUGGACCGCUCCUUUGCCUUUUCUGCCCGAUCGGCCAAGAUUACCCAACAAGCGUGACCAAGCCUUGAAACGUAUGAAACUCAUACAGAAGUCCAUGGCUCAUGAUGAACAACGACAAAAUCUAUUCAUUGAUUUCAUGGGGAAGGUGUUGCAAAAUGGUCACGCAGAAAGAGCCCCUAAAUUAGACCCACACCAAGAAUGUUGGUACUUGCCUAUAUUUGGAGUUUCGAGUGCCAAAAACCCCAACAAGAUCCGAUGUGUGUUUGACUCGUCCGCAAGAUACAACAACAUCUCAUUGAAUCAAGUUUUGAACACUGGUCCUGAUCUUACCAAUAUGUUGUUAGGUAUACUCCUCCGUUUUAGGAAAGAACGAAUAGCAGUUACAGCUGACAUAGAACAGAUGUUCUACAACUUCUGUGUGUCAGAAGAGCAUAGAGACUACCUCCGUUUCCUGUGGUUUGAAGAUAAUGACCCACAGAAGCCACUGGUAGACUACAGGAUGACUGUGCAUGUGUUUGGGAAUAGCACAUCCCCAGCUGUUGCCACAUACGGGAUCAGAAAGAUUGUUGAAAACUGUGAAGAAGAUGUGAAAGCAUUUGUGAACAACGACUUUUAUGUUGAAUCAAUAAUAAUGAUGGGCUGA